UAUACGCGAACAUAUAUAUUUAGAUAAAAAAAUCACGUUCUUUAUCUUAUUUAUCGCCAGUGACAACAAUAAAGAAAUGCAAGUGUAAUCUCUCGAGAAAUAACAAAAUCGAGCUCUUCUCUAUUGUACUAGACUACAAUACGAAUGAUAUAAAUCUGAUUGAUAAGUCGACGUAUACAAGUCCAUUUCAUUUCCUGAAUUAAAUAUAAUUUCCUGAUGAAAGAGGCCGAAGAAUCACAAAUUGAAAGGAAUAUGAUCGUGGAAAUGAAAGAAGAUAUAUCAUGUAAUGAGAAUGAAAAUAGUACCAAAAAACAGAGCACCGAUUUUCCUAUAGUAGAUGCAAAAUAUACUCUUGAGGAGGAGAUCCUAAAUCAUGUGGCCAACAGCAAAGCAAUUUUUAAGAGUCAGCAAAAGGGAGAACCUGAAUUAACGUAUAAGGAGAAGCGUGCCACAGCUGAAAACUUGUUGAAAAAGAAUCACUGCUUAUUCUUAUCCAAAUUUGGACACUAUUUAAAAGUGGAGCACUUGGAAUAUUUUAGUAAAAGUGAGGAUUAUGAGACGGUUUAUCAUAUAAAUAGACUGCAGAGAUAUUUUAAUAAUUCUACAAGACGUAUUGAUGUCAGGAACAAAAGAUAUGAAGCUUUGAAGGUAUUGAUAGAGAAAGGAGAAUAUUUCAGCGAAUGCGAAAUGAUGAAGAGGAAUCCAUUAUUGUAUGAACAUUUGGUAGGACAGUAUCUGACAGAAGAGCAAAAGAAAACUAGAGACGCAAUUGAUACACGUGCAAAUUAUAUUGAUAUACUUAUGGAGACUGUUGAAAGGGACAAACUGCAAAAGCGUCUGGAAUCUCAAAAGGAAGAGGAGAAUGAAGUACGAGAGGAGAAUGAUUCAGAUGAUGAUGAUGAAGAUGAUAAUAGUAGAGAGAUAUCUGAAACAAACUUUAAUAAACAGCUUAAUUCUCAUUGGGGUGAAAAUUUAAAUAAAAUAAUUGACAAAGGCAAACAUAAAAAACUAUCAAAUAAUAUAAUAUCAAAUCAAGAAAUACAAUUACUGAGGCAAGAGUUUAUUACAAAUAUGUAUGAGAGUUUCCUGGAUGGUAAAGAUAGAGAUUUUGACUAUAGCACUGUGGAUGAUAAUGAAGCUUAUGAUAAUGUAGAAUUAAAAAAUCAAGACGAAGAAGAAAAGUAUUUUGAUUCUGAAGACCCUGCAAUUGUUCUUCCACUUAAUGAAUAUAAUGAUCAAAACGAAUCAGAAGAUGAGUUGGAUGCGUAUAUGAGAACACUGAAGGAACAGAUACCUACAAAUUCACAUUCUUUGGAUAAUCCAACAUAGCCCAGCAUACAUUAGAUUAUAUAUAAUAAAUACAUUUAUAUGUAAUUCAGUUUUGUAUAUAUUCAUUAUAUAAUAUU